GGCUCAGUUCACAGCGGCAUUGACAGCAGCAAUGGUCUUGGCAAAACUCUUUGAAGUAACACCCCUGUAUCACACAAUGUACCCAUAUGCUUGCUCUGGAGCUGCAGAUCAUGUGCUCUGGCCAUCACCGCCAUCAUCCUGGUGGGGCUUUUUUUUUUUCCUUCAUCCCAGCGGGUUCUGAAGUAUAGUUCCCUUUUUUUUUUCCUGAUGUUUCUCCAUAGGUUUUUUUUUUUUGAAAGGGACUGCACCGUGCUUUCGUUUCUUUGUUAGCGGUUUUUCUAUCUGUGGGGUUUUAGUGUCGGUAUAUGUACGGUGUGAAGUUUGCUAAAGGGGGAUAAACGAUAACCUGCCUUCUCCGCCUCCGUUGUCUCAGUCCUUUGAGUAUGACACUGAAAAGUCUAAAAGUGAUAUCAUAGGUGGAUUUUGUCAUAUUUACUCAUUGGCUCGAUGACCCUGGGGCUCACUCGUCAUUCUUUGACAGCCCUGGGCCAGGCACAAAAUUUCCCCAGAUGGAUUGUAUAUAUACGUUGGUGUAAUUUCAGAUAAGGUUUUUUUUUUUUUUUUUUUUUUUUCCCGCUUAGGCAUCAGUCAUACGGUCAACGUUGACUUCUUGGGGAUUAGAGAGAUGCAUCUGGUCAAGCAGUUGGCUGGUCGCUCUCGCCUCCAAUUUUUUCCCCAGUUGUUGUAGUGUGUGUGUGUGUGUGUGUGUGUGUGUGUGUGUGUGUGUGUGUGUGUGUGUGUGUCUUUAUGUGGCGACCUGCUGCAGCAUCCUGUAUAUGCACUUUGCACAGUGAGAUAACGACUGAAACGCUCACCUUGCGUUGGGAAAGGGCCCUGCACGACUGAUCAAUUGCUUUGGAAACACAGACAACAAUAAGGGUGCCGACAGCCACACUGCCACCUUCUGUUUAUCAAGCUUCUACCUGUGACGCAAUAACAUCUUGGACCGAAUAGCUUGCUCGCGAGCCUUUCCACUCUCAGUUGAGGGGCUAUGGCUACGGACCGUUCCAUCUUCUCUUGUCAUGGUGAAGAUUGAGGGUCCUCUGUGCUCUUGAGGUCUACGAAUUUCACCAGUCUGUGAUCGCUAUGAGGCACACUCGAUUUUAGCUUAUCAGCUUGCGGAUGUGUUUGCGUUGCUUACAUCCAAUGAUGCGUGCUACCGGGAGAAGUUAGGCAGACUUGAGGACAUAGGUAGGGCUUCCAUGUGAUGAACUUGGUUGGUUGUUCAAAGAAGCAAAGCCCGACACGGCAGCACGAGGUAGCAGCAGCAUCAUGGGUCCCUCUUUACUAUCUCCCCUCCCUUGCAGCCAGCCAGUCAGCUUCCUCUUGUCAUGGAGGGCAAGAAGAGAUUAUGUCGCAUAAGCUAGGAGGCGCACCAAGCAUUAUGCCUCCAAAGACGGGUGCGUUCAUUGCACAAGCUGCAAAGGGGUGUCAUGGAUAGAUAACAUGCGCCGAGUUUGGGGUCUCAUGCCAGCUUCCAUGGUAUGAUCUCUGUACUUUCAUUCAUCUAGAUUCUAGAUCCAUCUGGGUUCGAACUUGGGUCUGUGGCUCCGCAGGCCUUGUUCCACAUGGUAGAAGGUUGGAAGUGGAUCUACGAUGAUGCAAAACAUUCCUCAGGGACUCUAAGAAUGAGUGCCGCCAUCGUAUGGCUUGUACAGGCAGCAUGGCUUGUGCAGUGGUUGACACAGGAUCGAUAUCGGUACCAGCCAUCUUGGAGAGCGCACCGUUGAUUGAUAUCAGGAUAUUUUACCGUAGGGGAUGACUUUUGGUUGCCGGCGCUGUGUUUGAACAGGCGAUCGGUCCAUCAGGUGAUGUGCACUUUUAUGUCCAAGCUCUUAGACUUGUUUGAAGUUCAAGGCGUGUGCGAGAAUACUCCCUCUUGAGCGUAUUCCAACACCUUAUUAUUAAUCAGUGAUUUGGCGUCAGUUCUACGGAUGAAGACUCAAAAAAAGACCAUGGUGUGACAUGGGCUUUAGUGGCUGCUGUUGCUGCUUCUGUUGAUUGCCGUUCAACCAAACUGGGUUGAUAUGACUUCAUAUGCUGCAAGGGGACGUCUUCAUGCAUAACUGCGAAGAUCGCUAAUUAUUGGACUACAUGGUUUCAGAUUCAGAUCAACAUUCCACAUGAGUAGUAGACAAAGUUUUCAGAUUCAGGUUUAUCUGUUGCUGGGGUUAUAAUCAGGGCUGUUGACCCUGGGCGCCCGUGGCAGGCCGAGGCAAGGGCAGGGGAGGGGCGGGGCAAGGGCGGUGGAGGGGCAGGGCAAGGGCGGGGGAGGGGCUGCAGGGGUGGGGUUGGAGCAGGGUUGGUUGGCCGGAGAUUCCUGAUUCUUCCCCCCCCCCCCCCCCGGGCACAUGCUAAACUGGGUUUGCCUCUGCGGUACCGUCCAGGGGCAACAUGUCAAGCCAGUUUCCUCACUGUUGGUAAUCAGACCACCGCCAUCCUCGCCCCCCACCCUGGCCGCUAGAUCAGCGGGGCAGUGACAGGCAGAGGCAAGGGAAAGGGAGGGACAAGGGCGGGGGCGGGGCGGGGCGGCCUCGGCAGGGGCGGCAGGGGUGGGGUUGGAGCGGGGUUGGUUGGCCGGAGAGUCCUGAUUCUUGUGCCCCCCCCAAGCACGUGCCAAAACUGGGUUGCCUCUGUGGUAAGUACAGGGGGAACAUGUCAAGCCGGUUUCCCCACUAUAGCUAAUCCCACUGCUGCCAUCCUCGCCGCCCCCCCGGGUGUUUCCCCACCUCCAUCCAGGGGCAGGGUGAGGCAGAGGUCUAGGGAUCCAUGCCCCGUCCCCAGAUUUCAUGUGUGUAUCUCUGCGUGACAACCCUGAUAAUGGAACGGACAUACCAUUGAAAAUUGAUUUGUUUUCACCGCUGUAACGGUUUGGAAUCAAGACGGUUAUGGCAGGGCUGAUCAUCCCAGAGUGCAAGGGUAGGGCUUGGGAUUUCUGACAUCUUCAGCAAUGUGUUGUAGUGGAGAAUUGCAUGGAUGAUUUCAUAGAUUUGGACAUGUGGCAAAAUCAGUUUGGUGUCAUAAAGCCAGAGAGUGCAAAGGUACCGUACGGUGGGGAUAGUUGCGCUGGUCACUCCACCACGGUAGUAUGCACGACCAACUUUGACAGGGUAAUUUGUUCUAAAUAGGCGUGUUACGUUUUGACUUUUAACAUUGAUGAGCAGUUCGAUGUGUUAGCCUCCCAGUCCAGGUUCCAGUGCAGUGAAACUGGGCCAUAUGUGUGUAUAUCAGCUUUCUGGGAGCCCACUGUUCCCUUCAUCGGUGAAGAAUGACAAGAACAGCGUAGAGCUUGCAGCUGAUAUACG